AUGGUUUUAGCAAGGAUCUCCUGUCCCGGGCGAGCGUGGUGACCAGUCCCCCCUCCCCAAGCGUUUCUGGACUGAUGCAGGCUCCAGGCCUGGAUGAGCCCACCUGGUGGCUCUACAGCGCCUGCAGCCGCCCUGUAGCAUGUCCCAGCGGCACUCUGAUAGCUCCUUGGAGGAGAGACUGCUGGAAUACCGCUUCCACUCAGAGCUGCAGUUGGAUGCCAACGGCAACCCCAAAUCCAAGCUCCCCAUCACCCGGGGCUCCCUGCGUUCCAAGACCAAUGCUGCCUUCGAGCCAGAGUCCCUGGCACCCCCACCGUCACCCACAGAGGACAGGGAGCCACGAGGCAUCGUCCUGAGCACACAGAGCCCCGCGGCCCUCAAGAUGGGCACUCAGCAGCUCAUCCCCAGGAGCCUCGCCGUGGCCAGCAAGGCCAAGACCCCGAUCCGCCACCAGAGCUUCGGGGCAGCCACGCUCAGUAAGGAGGCCGCACGGCGGGACCCCCAGCUCCUCUCAGCCCCCGGCUUCUCUUUGGAUGACAUGGACAUGGAUAUGGGCCCUGCGGGGGCCCUGAGUCGAAACCGGCGGAACCAGUCAUACCGGGCAGCCAUGAAGGGGCUGGGGUCUCUGAGCAGCAGGGGGGACUCCAGCCAGCUCACCCCCAAACUUCAGACUCUGGCUGAGGAGCCCAGCCAGCCGCCCGCCCAGUGCCCAGCCAAAAACAAGAGGACGCUGGGCCGGAAGCGUGCACACAAGGGCUCCUUCAAGGACGACCCCCGAUUCUACCAGGAGAUCCGGGAGCGGGGCCUGAACACCAGCCACGAGUCUGAUGAUGACAUGCUCGACGAAGCCCCUGUCCCCGAGGGGACCCAGAGGGUGGACACCACCAUUGUGGUCAAGAGCUACCGGCCUGCCCAGGUCACCUGGAGCCAGCUCCCUGAGGUGAUAGAGUCGGGUGUUCUGGACCAGCUGUGUACUGAGGAGCGCAAGAGGCAGGAGGCCAUCUUCGAGAUCCUCACGUCUGAGUUCUCCUACCUGCACAGCCUGGGCAUCCUGGUGGCCCAGUUCCUGCAGUCCCCAGAGCUGCGGGCCACCAUGACACAGAUGGAGCACCAUCACCUCUUCUCCAACAUCCUGGACGUCCUGGCCGCCAGUCAGAGGUUCUUCAAGGCCCUGGAGCAGCGGCACCAGGCGCAGGUGUGCGUGGAGGACAUCAGCGACAUCCUGGAGGAGCACGCAGAGAGGCACUUCCACCCCUAUGUGGUCUACUGCUCCAACGAGGUCUACCAGCAGCGCACGCUGCAGAGGCUGACGAACAGCAAUGCCGCCUUCCGCGAGGCCCUGCGGGACAUCGAGAAGCAGCCAGCGUGCGGGGGCCUGCCCAUGAUCUCCUUCCUGAUCCUGCCCAUGCAGCGGGUGACCAGGCUGCCCCUUCUGACCGAUACCCUCUGCCUGAAGUCCCAGGGCCACCCCGAAAGGUACAAGGCUGCCAGCCAAGCCCUGAAGGCCAUCAGCAAGCUGGUGAAGCAGUGCAACGAGGGGGCGCACACCAUGGAGCGCACGGAGCAGAUGUACACGCUGCACACACAGCUGGACUUCAGCAAGGUCAAGUCUUUCCCGCUGAUCUCUGCCUCCCGCUGGCUGCUGAAGCGAGGGGAGCUCUUCCUGGUGGAGGAGGCCGGGCUGUUCAGGAAAAUCGCCAGCCGGCCCACCUGCUACUUGUUCCUGUUCAGUGACGUCCUGAUCGUCACCAAGAAGAAGAGCGAGGACAGCUAUGUGGUCCAGGACUACGCCCAGCUGGACCAUGUCCAGGUCCGAAAACUGGAGCCCUUGGAGCCGUCGCUGCCGGGGGGCGGCAGCCGCAGCUCCUCCGUGCCCCACCCCUUCCAGGUGACCCUGCUGCGGAACAGCGAGGGCCGCCAGGAGCAGGUCCUGCUGUCCUCCGACUCCGCGAGUGACCGGGCCCGGUGGAUCACAGCGCUUGCCUACAAGGAGAGGCAGUGGCAGGGCCCCACCAACAAAGGAGAGCUGCCCCAGGUGGAGGUCACCAAGGCCUACUUCGCCAGGCAGGCAGACGAGAUCACAUUGCAGCAGGCCGACGUGGUGCUGGUCAUGGAGCAGGAGGACGGGUGGCUGCACGGAGAGCGGCUCCGCGACGGAGAGACGGGCUGGUUCCCCGAGGACUUCGCGCGGCGCAUCACCAGCCCCGUGGCCGUGGAGGGCAAUGUGCGCAGGAUGGAGCGGCUGCGGCUGGAGACGGAUGUGUGAGGCAGCGGCUCCAGAGCCGGGCCGCGGCGGGUUCAGCUUCCGCCCGACCAGUGUGUGGCCCUGCGUGGCUCCGACCCCGCGGAAGGACGAGCACGCCUGCCCUCCAGGGAGGAGUCCUAGGGUGCGGCAGGAGUCUGGCCCCGCCCUCAGCUCCUGGCCGUGGCACCCCCACCUGCUGGGCCCCCACGCAGCUGCACGAGGCUGAUGUGAUUGAGGGCCAUUGCAGCCAUCCCUGGGGACAGUUCGCAGACGGUCUCCCCGUGGCCUUCCUCCCCACGUGGAUGAGGCGGGCCCCCGAGAGCCCAGUGGUGCCUGCGCUCUCCUCUGGGGCACAGGAAGGAGGGGAGGGGCAUGUGGCUCCCGCAGGGAAACCUCACUGGGAGCUUUUCGACAACAGUAAAGUGUUUCUUUACAACUUGGGUUUCCACAGUGAGCCUGAGCCCAGGUGAGGCCAUAGCCACGGUCCCCGUGAAGCCCCAUGAAGUCCGCACGGUGCCAUGGCUGGGACUGGCCCCUGCGUGGCCGCUCAGUGCUGCUCCCUGGCUCUGGCCCAUCUGCCCACCGACCAGACCCGUGCGGGCAAAGCCCUGCCCCAGCAACCAGGGGCCAGCGUGGCCACAGCUGGGCCUUGCAGGGCUGGACAUGGCCAUGGGGACUGACAACUUGGACCCCUUCGGAUGGGCCCCUGGCCCUUCUUGCCUUGGGUCGUGUUAUUGGGGUGGGGGUCCCCAAUACAUGCUGGAGAAUCUGCCCUGA